CAAGCUGGAUCCAGGUAAACCUGGGCCAGACCAGAAAAGUAACAGGGAUCGUGGUCCAGGGUUGUCCUCAUAAUGACCACUGGCUCUCCAAAUUUAGGAUCCAGCACAGUAUGGACGGAACAACCUGGACUGACUACACAGCUGACGGACAGUUUUUCCCAGGCUCAGUUGACAGAAACACUCCUGAGACUCAGCUGCUGGGUACACCUGUGUCAGCUCAGUACAUCCGCAUCAUCCCGGUGGAGUUCAACAGUGAGGCAGGCCUUCGCUUCGAUGUCUUAGGAUGCACACCUGACUAUGCGAUUACGUGCGAUGCCAAUCCCAACUUCAAUUUUGCCAGUGAUCGAAUGAAUGUCCACUGUCCAGCAGGUUGUGCUAAUGAAUACUACCGAGUGUACGGCAGCACAGUAUAUCGUGGGGACUCAAAUAUCUGUGCAGCAGCCAUCCAUGCUGGAGUGGUACUGAAUGACAUUGGAGGAGACUGCACUCUGUUGAAAGCUGCAGGACAGAACUUCUAUCCUGGCUCCACAAGGAAUGGCAUCACCUCACUACAAUUUGAUGGAAACUACGAGGUGUCUUACAACUUUGCAGAUGGAGAGCUGAGAUGUUCAGGGCCUGACUGGUAUGAGUUUGGAGGAUUCUGCUACAAACCUUCUGCAGACAAAAAGACGUGGCACAAUGCCCGGCAUACCUGCAGGACCUUGGGUGCUGAACUCGUAUCCAUCAUGUCAAUGACGGAGCAGAGCUGGCUGGAAAGCUACCUGUACCUGGCCACCAGCGACGUGUGGACUGGUCUGAAUGACUUGAGGGUGCCCGGUAUGUUCUCCUGGUCUGAUGAACACAUAGUGACAUUCACCUACUGGGCUCCAGGGGAACCCAACAACGUUGGCUUGAACGAGGACUGUGUUGAGAUGUUACACCAGACUGGCCGAUGGAACGAUGUACCCUGUACAGAGCUCAAUACCUACAUCUGCAAAAAGCCCAAAGCACAUUACCCACUGCCGUCUGUAAAACCCACCGUGUACGGAUGUCCUCAGGGGUGGGACGCAUACGGCUACUCCUGCUACUGGAUGGAGGAGACCACCAGGAGCUGGAAUGAGGCUAAGGCCUUCUGUAAAGAGCAGGACAGCUUCCUGCUGCACAUUGGAGACAUCUACGAGCAGGCACAUUUUACAGUGAUGCUGUCAGGAAAGACUGGUUUGUGGUGGAUUGGCCUGCGUGCUCACGGGGCCACAGGUGGAGGGGUGGACUACCUCUGGGACAAUGGCGCCCCUCUCACUUUCACUCACUGGGACAGAGGCCAGCCAGAUAGCGGAGAUGGGAAUUGUGUGGCAAUGACAACAGGUCAAAUUGGCGGUUUCUGGGAUGACAAGCAGUGUUCAGAGAAGUAUCUCUUCAUCUGUGAGAAGCCCAGGCCUGACAUCACUCCACCCACCAAACCCCCAACUCCUCCUUCCUCACAUGGCUGUGCUACAGGAUGGUCGGGCCUGUCUCACUUCAGAAACUGCUACAAGCUGUUCCAUAAUGUGGACUGGUCCAUGAAGAAGAGCUGGGAAGCAUCACUUGAAGACUGCAUCUCCAGAGGAGCAAAUCUGGUCAGCAUCCACAGUGAGGAGGAGGAAGUGUUCCUGUCUCAGUACAGCAAAGCCAGCAGCAAAUGGAUCGGCCUAAAGGCCAACCCCACAGAGGGAGGCUACUCCUGGAGUGACGGCUCACCGCUCUCUCACACCAACUGGGGUGAAGGGGAGCCAAACAACCACGAUGGCCGUGAGGACUGUGUAGAGAUGGUAAGCAACACAAACGGGACCCGCUCCUGGUGGAACGACCUCAACUGUGAUGCUCACCAGGAUUGGAUAUGCAUGAUCAGCAAGGGCAAGGAUCCCAUCGAGCCCCCAGUGCCCCCACCUCCUGUCCCAGCUCCUGAAUGCGGACCCAACCCUGGCUGGAGGAAGAACAACAACAUCUGUUACUACUACAACGACACUGACCCAGUGGACUUCCACACCGCUAUGAUACGCUGCUACACUGAGAAGGCCUUACUCGCCUCUAUCCUCAACAAAGAGGAACAAGCAUAUGUUAACAGCAUGGUGGGGACAGGGCAAGUGGCUUCAGCCUGGAUCGGAAUGAGGCUGUCUGGCAUGGCAAAUGGACAAUACAUCUGGGUGGACGGUUCCCCUAUAAUGUACACUCACUGGGCUGGAGGUGAGCCCAACGAUGCCAAUGGGGAGGAACAGUGUGUCCAGAUGAACAGACAUCAAGGUGGCUGGAACGAUGCCAACUGUGGCCGAGCUGAAGCAGGAUAUGUCUGCAAGAAAUUCCCUGGAGAUGUCCACACCCCUCCUCCACCCACACAGCCGUGGGAGGGCAACUGCCCUGCAGGCUGGAUGCUUUUCAAGAAUAAGUGUUUCUUGUUCAAAGGAAAGAGCAAUGAGUUUAGAGCCAACUGGUCUUAUGCCCGAAGCUGGUGCAGAGAGCAAGGAGGAGACUUGGCAGUUAUUGAUAACCAAUAUGAGAAUGACUUUGUGUCUAGUUACCUGAGGGAGCUGCAUUACCCCACGUGGAUUGGUCUGUCAGACCUCGUGGAAGAAAACCAGUAUGCCUGGAGUGAUGGGGUCAGCCCAGUGCUGUACACCAACUGGAAUGAGAAUGAGCCCAACAAUGCAGGAGGAACAGAAAACUGUGUGGCAAUUACUCACAACCACCACGUGACCGGCAUGUGGAACGAUGAUGCCUGUCACAAGGAUCAGAGCUUCGUCUGCUCCAGGAAGAAAUCGAGCAGCAUCGGUCCUCCUCCCCCAACCAAAACCCCCUGCCCACCUGGCUACAUCUCCUGGUACCAGAACUGCUACAAGCUAGUGGAGGAGCCAGCGACUUGGGACGCAGCUCAGAAAGCCUGCGUGGAGCAGAACGGCAACCUGGCAAGCAUCGACAUGAGCUACGACCAGGCCUUCGUUGCUGGAGUGGUCCUGCAGGGCAAAGCGGACGCAUGGAUUGGACUCAGGCGCAAGGAUGAUAACUCCUACAUGUGGCUGGAUGGCUGGCCAGUCUUUUUUACUCAGUGGGGACCAGAUGAGCCCACUAACUUCAAGAAUGAAGGCUGUGUUAGUAUGCAUGCCUCCCCUGUGUUCCACGGGACCUGGAAUGACACCAAGUGUGACCAGGCAAAACCCUACAUCUGCAAGAUCACCUUUGACAAACCGCCGUUGACUCCCGCUCCUGGUGAUGGGAAGUGUUUGACAGGCUGGGUCCCCUACGGCCGCUACUGUUACCUCGUCGUGAACAAUAAGCAAGGCUUCUCUUGGCCUGACGCACGCCAACACUGCCUGCAAGCCAGGACUGACCUGGUGUCCAUCCACAGCAGAGCGGAGGUAGAGUUCAUCAGGAACCUCAACUACACCAAAUUUCACAACAUCUGGAUCGGCCUCACCAAGGAUCGCAAGUAUGGCUGGGCUUGGACAGAUAGGUUUGCUCUGGGCUUCUUGAACUGGGCUCCUGGUGAACCCAAUGCUGCCCUUCACCCCGGGGAUGUGGGUGAAGAGACUUGUGUGGAGAUGUAUAGCGAUGGACGCUGGAAUGACAACAACUGCCUGCAGAAGAGAGGUUUUGCAUGCCGCCACCCCGAGUUCUAUACAACAGGUCCAGAUGGUCCAACUUUCCCAACUGAAAAUCCAGGUGGUAUAGGUACACCUGACGGGGUGAUAGUUGGCGCCGUCAUUGCAGCCAUUGUGAUUUUCAUCUUGAUAGUCGGGGUGUUGUACUACAUCUUUCGUGUCCGAGGCUACAAACUGAGCAGCUUGACCCUGCCAAUACAAACAACCAGAAAUGUUGACGUGCCUGCUUUCACCAAUCCCAACUUUCCCGGAGAAUCAGACACGUAAACUACAACUCAAGCUUUGUACAGUACAUCAACGUUGAUUUAGAUUAUAAAGCAUUGUAUAUAUUGUAAUACCGAAUAAGACUUAUUAAAAGAUACAACUCUGCUUCCCUGUGAUGCACUGACAUGUUUGAAGUGCAACGGUUACUGUGUAAUGCUCUAGCUAUUUUGUGAUAUAGGACCAGAAAUGUUAUUUACCAGCCUUUGCCACCAAAUAUCCAAAUGUAUAAUUUGCUUUUGUUGAGAAAAAUACGAGUA